UAAAAUCCUAGUUUAAGGAUUAAGGGUGAUCUUUGACUGUUAACUUCAUUCCCCAUCUCGGGUUGGUGGCCGUUGCCGUCGCCCGUCAGUGUCGGUUUUGGGCCGUGGCCGUCCACUUCCUUAGUGGGCCCUCAUCAAAUAUUUGGCGGUCUCAUCUCAGUGCCUCGCACCUCGCCAUUCCCCUGAAUAAUGUCCCCCAAAGUCAAAGAGUCUUCAUUGCCACACCUCUCUAGUAACAUCAACGAGAAAAACGACCACUAAUCAACUCGGAUAAUCCUAUAAUAAUAUCUAAACCAACGUCGACCGAUUUUCCAAACCAACGCCACCGACCUCCUCUAAACUUCCCCUUCCACUAUUAAUUAAAUCAACAGGACCACGAAGCUACCCUAUAAGUAUGGCCAGUUCUUCACUCCAAAUGAAGGUUAAAAAAAACAACCCACUCCAUCACAUUUGCUUACCCACAACACCAGCCCUUCAUUCCAUUACAAAGACACAGAGAAUCGAAAACCUUCCCACCAAUAAUAGAAGCACAUAGAAGAAAAAUCUAAUAAGUCUUCUCGUUCCUUCUCCUUAUUUCUAGAAUAUACCUCCCCACAAACCGAAUCUCAUCCCCCUUUUCUCCCCUUCCAGUCCCAUCACUCCCCAUUUCUCCACUCUCUUCCUUGCCGCAAUUGAAUCCAGCCCUCCAUACCUUCUUCCCAGUUUCCUCCUCCGGCAGCAUCAAUGGCUCCAAGCGCCCCCAAAUUGAGCGCCAAAAUCAACGACCUAAUGGAAUCCCACGCCAACCAGCUCCUCAACCCCUCCCCCGCCGCCUGCGCCAUCUCCCUCGACGGAUCAACCCUCAAAUCCAACGGCCACGCCUUCCUCACCGACGUCCCAGCCAACAUCACCCUCACCGCCUCCGCCGACAAAUCCGGAGCCUUCCUCGGAUUCAACGCCGCAGAACCCGACCACCGCCACGUGUCGCCCAUCGGGAAGCUCAAGAACCUACGGUUCAUGAGCAUCUUCCGGUUCAAAGUCUGGUGGACCACCCACUGGGUUGGAUCCAACGGCCGCGACCUCGAACACGAGACCCAACUCCUCCUCCUCGACACGUCACCGACUGGCGGUGGGCCCUACGUCCUCAUCGUCCCAAUUCUUGAAGGGCAGUUUCGGGCUUCCCUCCAGCCCGGGCAAAACGACGACGUGGACGUCUGCGUGGAGAGCGGGUCAACGCAAGUCAAGGCCUCGAGCUUCAACAGCGUGGUGUACAUUCACACGGGAGAUGACCCUUUUACCCUCGUGAAAAACGGGAUGGGAGUCGUCCGGGCCCACCUCGGGACUUUCAAGCUGCUCGACGAGAAGGACCCACCGGGGAUCGUGGACAAAUUCGGGUGGUGCACGUGGGACGCAUUCUACCUUACGGUGAACCCGCAGGGAAUCUGGGACGGAGUCAAGGGGCUCGCCGACGGCGGGUGCCCGCCGGGGCUGGUCCUGAUCGACGACGGGUGGCAGUCGAUCAGCCACGAUGAGGAUCCGGUGACGAAGGAAGGGAUGAACCACACCGUCGCCGGGGAGCAGAUGCCGUGCCGGCUGCUCAAGUUCCAGGAGAACUACAAGUUCCGGGAUUACGUCAGCAGGAAGGAGGAAGUUACGGAAAAGGGCAUGGGCGCGUUUGUGAGGGACUUGAAGGAUGAGUUCGGGACGGUGGAUUACGUCUAUGUUUGGCACGCGCUGUGUGGGUAUUGGGGCGGGAUCCGGCCCAAUGUUCCGGGCCUGCCGGAGAGCGUCGUCGUCAGGCCCAAGUUGUCUCCCGGGCUGGAGAAGACCAUGGAGGAUCUCGCCGUGGAUAAGAUCGUUAGUAACGGCAUCGGGUUGGUCCCGCCGGAGCAUGUGGACCAGAUGUACGAUGGCAUCCACUCUCAUCUCGAGAAAGCUGGAAUCGACGGCGUUAAAGUCGACGUCAUCCAUUUGUUGGAAAUGCUGUGUGAGAAUUACGGAGGGAGAGUUGACCUGGCAAAGGCGUAUUUCAAGGCGUUGACCGCCUCUGUUAACAAGCACUUCAACGGGAACGGAGUAAUUGCGAGCAUGGAGCAUUGUAACGAUUUCAUGUUCCUUGGAACAGAAGCCAUCUCUCUUGGACGUGUUGGUGAUGAUUUUUGGUGCACGGAUCCAUCGGGCGACCCGAACGGCAAAUUCUGGCUUCAGGGGUGUCACAUGGUUCACUGUGCCUACAACAGUUUGUGGAUGGGCAAUUUCAUCCACCCGGAUUGGGACAUGUUCCAGUCGACACACCCUUGUGCCGAGUUCCACGCUGCGUCUCGUGCCAUCUCCGGUGGGCCGAUCUACAUCAGCGACACCGUGGGCAACCACAACUUCCCGUUGCUUAAGCGGUUGGCGAUGCCGGACGGUUCGAUCCUCCGGUGCGAGUACUAUGCUCUUCCCACUAGGGACUGCCUCUUUGAGGAUCCCCUCCAUGAUGGAAAAACCAUGCUCAAGAUUUGGAACUUGAACAAGUUUACCGGCGUUGUUGGGGCGUUUAACUGCCAAGGCGGAGGGUGGUCCAGAGAGACGAGACGCAACCAAUGCUUCUCAGAAUUCUCUCACAAGUUGACGGCCCAAACCAACCCAAAGGACAUUGAAUGGGCCAGGGGGAAAAGCCCAAUCUCCAUCGAAGGAGUCCAGGUAUUCGUCAUGUACAUGUCGAAGGCCCAGAAGCUCGUCAUGUCCAAGCCCACGGACAACAUCGAGGUCUCGCUGGAGCCGUUCGAGUUUGAGCUGAUCACGGUGUCGCCGGUGACCGUAUUGGCCGGGAAGUCGGUUCAAUUUGCGCCUAUUGGCCUUGUGAACAUGCUCAACUCCGGCGGGGCGAUCCAGUCGGUGGAUUACCGGGACGAAUCGGUGGAAAUUGGUGUUAAGGGUGCCGGAGAAAUGGUGGCGUUUGCGUCGGAGAAGCCGGCAGGCUGCAAGGUGGAUGGUGGGGAGGUUGAGUUCAAGUACGAUGGUUGCUUGGUUACCGUCGAAGUUCCAUGGUCCUCGGAUUCGUCGGCUGUUUCACAGGUUGAAUUCGCGUUUUGAUUUAUAUCUCAAAUGGCAAUGGAUGCCUGAGAUUGGAUUGCAUGUUAAUUUUUAUUUGUCAGUGUGAUUGAGAAUGUAAGAAAUGAUGACUUGAGACCUUUUACGUAAUUUUAAUCGUAAUGGUUUUCAUAAUCGCAUGGGCUAUAGAGGUUGAGGUCACAAACAAAUUAGUCACUAAAUUCAAUUUUAAGAGACUUGUAAUUGAAGUCAUGAAAAUUUUCAGCACGAGUAUGUAUUUUCGUCAAUUUUUGUUACUAAUUUUUCGUCUAUAUGAUAAGAGAUUAGCAUGUCAACUUUGAGAGUAAUAGUAAAAGCGGUACAUAGAUCUUGAUUUAGUGGUUCGAAGGACUCAUUUGAUCCAUACUUGAUCCAAAUCAAAUCAACAUUUUGGUUAUUUUUAGUGAACUUUAACUCUCUUUUUCAGAAAACAACGUAAUUUCUUCAUAUCUAUUUAAAGCUACAUAAUUAGAUAGUUUGCUUGAUUUUCUCGUUACUAAUUUGAGUAAGUUGAUACACCAAUAUGGACAAUCUCAAUGCAUACUUUGAUGACAAUGAGCGAUGUAUUCAUGUGUCAAUAGAGUGAAAAGUUUAUUGGUAUCCAAAAGUUCACUCUUGUGUCAAACUGAAAAAGCUAUUCUAGGUUUUUUAAACUGAUUUUAAGUGAAUCAAUGAGUCAAUGAAUAUGAAACAAGUUUGUAUAUACAUAUAAGAAGUAAAUUUUGUUACUAUCCCUCAUUGAAAAUAAGACACACUACCAGACUUUGGAACAUGUAUUCUAUAACCUACAACUGUCGAGUGCAAGCAGUGGUGUAAGCAAGAUUCGGGUUUAGUGGGGUUCUAGUAUAAAAAAUUCUAAGACAUUUUAUUCAACUAUGAAGUAAAUUCUCUUCAAAAUUCAGUCAAGUAGUCAUUCAUUAGAUCAUCAAUUAUUAGAUUUGUAUCUUGUAUUUUGUGUAACUCAUAGUUGAAAAGUGACAUUUAGAUACAGCUAAAUAAAUAGCUCCCAAGCCACAAAGAUAAUAUAAAGUACAUUUGAUGACAAAGAAAUUGUAUAUUAAUAGAAAAUUUGUUGAAUUAAGGGCUUAUUAGAUAUAGCCAGGAUUUUUUUUUACAUAUUUAGUAGAAUUAGAUUUUUUUAAUUAGAAUUUAUAAAAUUGAGAAUUUUCAAUGUUAUCUGAUUGAUACGUGCUAGUUUAUUUGCGUGUUUCAUAAUACUAUGACAAUCAAAAUUUUAUACAAAUGGGGUCCUCAAUUCCGAAACUACCAAAACUAAACAAGAACAUGCAUAUAUGUAGCCAUUUUUAAUUUAUCCAAGUGGGUCCUAAGACCCCACUCCUAUCCACCUCCCUCCGCCACUUUGACAGUUCUAAAACACUAAAAUAUUAUACCAUAAUAGCCAUGAUUGUUAAAACCAAGGAUGUCAACCCAAUUUAGCUCGUUGAUCUGGUCGAGUAAGUGGGUUGAAGGUAAUGGGUCGAUGGCCUCUUUAGCUUAGAUAUAUGGAAAAUGUAAUUAUAUUGUUCAUAUAUAUAUAAAUCAUAUCAAAUUUCGUCUAACACAUGAGUAAUAACAUAUAAAAUUACAU